AUGCCAAAAGUAUGCACCAAUGAUACACCAAGCGGGCGAACUCCUGCACUCCGUCACUUCGCCAUGGCUGUUCAUCAAAUGGGGAAUGGAUAUCGUCGGACCCCUCCCGACGGGUCGAGGUGCGUUCGCCCAAAUACUCGAACAGGAAGUCAUCACCUUUAUAUGGAAAAAAUAUCAUAUGUCGUUUCGGCAUUCCCAAAGAAAUCAGCUGCGACAAUGGACCUCAGUUCGUCGGAAAAAAAGACGAUCGAGUUCUUUGACAAAUGGAGCAUCAAGCAAAUACUCUCCACGCCAUAUCAUCCAACUAGCAAUGGUCAGGCAGAAUCCUCCAACAAAACAAUAUUGAAUAUAUUAAAGAAGAAACUCGAGGAUGCCAAAGGGCUAUGGCCGGAACUGCUACUAGAAGUAUUAUUGGCCUACCGCACCAUGCCAAAGACCAACAUAGGCAAAAUGCCAUAUUCAUUAGUCUACAGGACUGAUGCCGUUAUACCCGUUAAAGUAGGAAAACCUAGCCUAAGAUACUCCAAUGAAAGUGGACCAAGCAAUGACGAAAGCAGAAUACAGGACCUCGACGAAGUAGAGGAAUGGAGAGAGAUAUGGCUCAUGUAA